AUGGGGAACCAAGAUGGGAAGCUGAAGAGGAGUGCAGGUGAUGCCUCGCUUGAAGGAGGCGGCGGCUCUGAGGAUGCUGUUGGGCCCAGGGAUGUGGAAGCCAUAAAGAAGGGGAGUGGAGGCAAGAAGGCGCUGGGCAAACAUGGCAAGGCGGGAGGAGGCAGCGGCGAGCCGGGGAAGAAGAAGAGCAAGUCGGACUCCAGAGCAUCGGUUUUUUCCAACCUGCGGAUCAGGAAGAAUCUGUCCAAGGGCAAAUCCGCUAGUGGCUCUCGUGAGGAUGUGCUGGACUCCCAGGCCCUGCAGACUGGAGAGCUGGACAGCGCUCACUCGCUGGUCACCAAGACACCAGACCUCAGUCUCUCAGCUGACGAAACGGGCUUGUCGGAUACCGAGUGUGCGGACCCUUUCGAGGUGACCUGUCCAGGUGAUCCUGGGCCAGCCGCAGCUGGGGUCGGCGUCCGGGCGGUCACUGAGGAUCUGGAAACUGUGGCUGGGGCGCAGAACGGACAAAGGACCAGUUCAGGCUCAGACACGGACAUUUAUAGCUUUCAUUCAGCUACGGAGCAAGAGGAUUUGCUCUCCGACAUCCAGCAGGCUAUCCGCUUGCAACAGCAGCAGCAGGAACAACUACUGCAAGGCUCGGUGGCAGCAGCUUCCACCGCCACCUCCCCUCAGCCUGGGGCCUUCCUGGGCCUGGACCAAUUCCUGCUGGGGGCGAGUGGCGGGGCUGGGGAGGCCCUAGGCAGUCCGGACACCGAGCAGGCUCUGUCCACUCUUUCUGACGUACCCGAGCGCCCGGCCGUGGAGCGCAGGGCUCCUGAACAGCCGCUGCCCCCCAGCGACUGCGUCCACUUAGAAGCUCCCUUCCUUCCCGUGACCCAGCCGGCGGCUGCAGACUUAUCCUCCCCCAAGGCCUUCCAGUUUCCCGAGACCCGGCUGGGAGAGGGCGCAAUUGAAGCCCCAGUCCAAGGGGCUGUGGACACGGAUGAGGAAGGGGAGGAAGAUGCCUUUGAGGAUGCCCCCCGAGGCUCUCCGGGGGAGGAUUGGGGCCAGGAACUCGGUGAGUCCUCGCAGAGGUUGGAUCAAGAGCCCAGGGAGGGGGCGGCAAGGCCUGAGGUGCCCACGGCAGCUUCUCUCCCGGGCAGCCCGGUACCAAGCUUGCGCUGCUUUAAGCCUUACCCGCUCAUCACCCCCUGUUACAUCAAGACUACCACAAGGCAACUCAGCUCUCCCAACCACUCCCCGUCACAGUCCCCUAACCAGAGCCCUAGGAUCAAAAGGCGACUGGAGACCUCCCUGAGCCGGGGAGCGAAAUCUGUUUUGGGUUCUGCGGCUGUUCAGACCAAAAAACACCGGGCCGAUGGCGGCCUCGGGGGUGGCCUCAGCCGCUCUGCCGACUGGACAGAGGAGCUGGGUGCUUGUGAGCCCAGGGUGGGAGGCUCUGUAAAACUGCUGGAGCGCGGGGCGACUGUGGAUAGCAUCAGCCAGGUGACCCCACCUCUGGCUGGCAAGUCCUCUGGGGCUCAGGCGGCUGCGGAUGGUUUCCAGAACGUCUUCACUGGGCGAACUCUGCUGGAGAAGUUGUUUAGCCAGCAGGAGAACGCACAGCCAGAAGAAGCAGAGAAGUUCUGCUCCAGAAUCAUUGCCAUGGGCCUUCUACUUCCUUUUAGUGACUGCUUCAGGGAACCCUGUAAUCAGAAUGCCCAAUCAAUUUCAGCUCCAUUUGAUCAAGAUCAACUUUACACCUGGGCGGCGGUUAGUCAACCCACACACUCAGUGGAUUAUGCAGAAGGGCGGUUUCCCAGACGAAUCCCAUCUGUUUGUCCUCUGUCUAAACCUCUCAAUGAAGACCACAGACCCAAGGAUGCAGAAACAGAAUCUCAAUCUGCUGUUUUGGAAACUACGGAAAAUUGUUUAGAUGCUGUCCAGCAGGACGUUUUUGACAUGAAGUCUGAGGGCCAGGUGACUGUGAUUCAGCAACUGGAACAAACCAUUGAAAAUCUGAGGUCCAAAAUCGCUGAACUAGAGAAGCAAUACCCUGCUAUGGACUCGGAGGUGACCGUGGGCCAUCCUGAGGUUGGGAAUGGAGUAAUGCCUGCAGGAGUCGUCUGUCUCGAAGCUCUCAGAUUAGAAGAAAAGGAUGCAGGGCAUCAAAGGAUUUUAGAGGCAAAAUCAAUCCAGACUUCUCCGACAGUAGAGGGUGGGAUGCCACCUGUGGCUUCUUUGAAUACUCUGCCAGAGUGUCUCCCAUGCUCACAGGGGACUGAGAGUAUGGAGUCAGCUUUGCCAUCCUCAGCUUCUGGACCUCAGACAACAUUCUGCUCAGAGAUUUCCUUGAUAGUGUCUCCAAGGCUAAUAGCCAUGCAGCUUGACACACCUCCAUCUAUUCCAAGCAUAUCACAGCCUCCGCCACCUCCAUCCUGUCCAUGGUCUGAUGCUCAAGAACAGCUUGGCUCACAGACUUCCCAUCCACCUCUUAGUACUGCAGAAAUGCUGCCACCGCCUCCCCCACCUCUGCCUGGUGAAGGAAUACCUCCUCCCCCACCUCUGCCAGGUGUCCAGCUUGCAUCUCCUGCCUCUCCCAUGCCUCACAGCUCUCCCCUGCCAUGUACAGGGUCACCUCUUCUUCCCAGUGUGGGCAUGCCUGCUCCCCCUCCUCUGCCUGGAGCAGAGAUACCCCCUCCUCCUCCUCUGCCUGGAGUGGAGAUACCCCUGCCCCCUCCUCUGCCUGGAGUGGGGAUACCCCCGCCCCCUCCUCUGCCUGGACUCGGGGUACCCCAUCCCCCUCCUCUGCCUGGAGUGGAGAUACCCCCUCCCCCUCCUCUGCCAGGAGUGGAGAUACCCCCUCCUCCUCCUCUGCCCGGAGUGGGGAUACCCCCUCCCCCUCCUCUACCUGGACUUGGGGUUCCCCCUCCCCCUCCUCUGCCCGGACCUCCUCCUCCUCCUCCUUUGCCUGGUAUGGGGAUUCCACCUGCUCCAGCUCCUCCUCCACCCGGGACAGGAGUCCCUCCACCCCCACCACCACCGCUGCCUCUUGGAUCAGGGUCCCUACUCCCACCACAAGCUGGCAGCAGCACUUUACUAAUCCCCCAAGCGUGUGGAUUCCUUCCUCCUCCAUUGCCAGCUGGUUUAUUUGGAUUAGGGACCAGUCAAGACAAAGUUAGCAGGAAGCAGCCAAUAGAGCCCUGUCGGCCAAUGAAACCUCUUUACUGGACAAGAAUCCAACUGCAUAGUAAAAGAGAUUCCAGUCCUUCACUUAUUUGGGAAAAAAUUGAAGAACCAUCCAUAGAUUGUCAUGAAUUUGAGGAAUUAUUUUCUAAAACUGCUGUAAAGGAGAGAAAGAAACCAAUUUCCGACACCAUCACAAAGACCAAGGCUAAGCAAGUUGUCAAGUUAUUAAGCAACAAAAGAUCACAAGCUGUUGGAAUAUUAAUGUCUAGUUUGCACUUAGAUAUGAAAGAUAUACAGCAUGCUGUUGUGAACUUGGAUAAUUCUGUAGUUGACCUGGAGACCCUGCAAGCCCUCUAUGAGAAUAGAGCACAGUCAGAUGAGCUGGAAAAGAUUGAAAAACACGGCAGGUCAUCCAAAGACAAGGAAAACGCCAAGUCUCUGGACAAACCUGAACAGUUCCUUUAUGAACUGUCAUUAAUCCCCAACUUUUCAGAGCGAGUCUUUUGCAUCCUUUUCCAGUCAACAUUUUCAGAAAGUAUCUGCUCCAUUCGUCGUAAACUGGAAUUACUACAGAAAUUGUGUGAGACAUUAAAAAAUGGCCCAGGUGUUAUGCAGGUUCUGGGUUUGGUUCUUGCCUUUGGCAACUACAUGAAUGGUGGAAAUAAGACUCGGGGACAGGCUGAUGGCUUUGGAUUAGACAUUCUUCCAAAGCUGAAAGAUGUCAAAAGCAGUGACAAUAGCAGAAGCCUUUUGUCAUACAUUGUUUCAUAUUAUCUUCGAAAUUUUGAUGAGGAUGCUGGAAAAGAGCAGUGUGUUUUUCCACUGCCAGAACCCCAAGACCUUUUUCAGGCCUCUCAGAUGAAGUUUGAAGAUUUUCAGAAAGAUCUCAGAAAGUUAAAGAAGGACUUGAAAGCCUGUGAGAUUGAGGCAGGAAAAGUAUACCAGGUAUCCUCAAAAGAGCAUAUCCAGCCUUUCAAAGAAAAUAUGGAACAGUUUAUUUUUCAAGCUAAAAUUGACCAAGAGGCAGAGGAGAAUUCACUUUCAAAGACUCAUAAAUGCUUUUUGGAGACUACAUCUUAUUUCUUCAUGAAACCAAAAAUUGGAGAGAAGGAGGUGUCCCCAAAUGUUUUCUUCAGUAUCUGGCAUGAAUUCACCUCUGACUUUAAAGAUUUUUGGAAGAAAGAGAACAAACUUAUUCUACAAGAAAGAGUAAAAGAAGCUGAAGAGGUGUGCAGGCAGAAAAAGGGGAAAUCAUUGUAUAAAAUAAAGCCAAGGCAUGACUCUGGAAUUAAAGCAAAGAUAAGCAUGAAAACCUGA